AUGCUAGGCAUGAUCUCUAUUGUGACAGACUAUGAGGAUGACGAUGGUGAGUACGCCUGUGGUGGCAGUACUAUGCCAGAGUUGCGUGAGUGGAACUCCGACAACCCUGAGAUAAUCAUCUGCAAGAAAGCCGGGUUUGGUCACGGUGGAAUCGCCAAGAGUUAUGCCGGAGUUCCUGAGGUUGUCUACACUUGGUUUGCAGUUGAGGUGCUUUGGUCUGUAAUUUGUUCGGAAGAAUACGAGGAUCCUAUCGACGCUGAUGAUGAUGACCCAAACUCCGAGUAG